AACUUGGCCAUGGUUGAAUCCUUUGAAUUGAAGUUUCUUGCCUAUCGACAUGUUCAUAAGCGAGGUGCCUGUAGUUCUUCACCUGGAUUUCCUCUUGAUAACCUUUCAUCCAGACAAAAAGAUUUCUCAGUCAACAAGCCUAUGGUAACCAUUCUUAUACCAAAGCAACAUGAAAGCUUUCAUUGGUGCGAGUUUUGCGUCACUCCUGACGGUCACAUUGGCGGUCGAUAUGCGUGACGUACUGCGAGUCGACACUACGGGCGGAACAGUCCUUGGCUUUAUUAAUGGAACAACUCCCCAUGUUCGCCAAUUCCUGAGCGUCCCGUAUGCCCAGCCACCGGUGGGAGAAUUGCGGUGGAUGCCGCCGCAACCGCUGAAUGAUUCCAAUCGGCUCAUCGAUGCCACGCGAUUCGGGCCAUCCUGUCCCCAGCAACCUGCCAGCGGCUCCUCUAUUGCAUCUGCUGAUGCGCCCCUCGAGCUGUUGCAGGGAGGGUUUGACGAAGACUGCCUGACGCUGGCUAUCUGGGCGCCGGUUGAGUCACACGGAAAGCUGCUACCGGUUUAUCUCUGGAUCUAUGGUGGUGGGUACGAAACCGGGGGAAUUAACACGCCUUCGCAGGAAGCGGCACACUGGGUCGAACGCACCCGCAGUCAUGUCGUCGUCGCCAUGAACUACCGAACCAAUAUCUUUGGGUUCCCUGGGGCGCCAGGGCUAGAAGAACAGAACCUGGGUCUGCUGGAUUCGCGAGAAGCUGUGGUCUGGGCCCGCGACAACAUCGCGGGUUUUGGUGGCGAUCCAGACCGCAUGGUGCUCUGGGGCCAGAGUUCUGGUGCCGGUAGCGUUGACAUGCUGAACUUCGCCUUUCCAGACGAUCCUAUCGUGUCUGGGUUCAUUGCUGAUUCGGGUUCGGUCUUUCUUUACAACCAAAAGGAUGAUCCGCUGUACUCCAACUUCACUGUGGUGGCUGACUACUUCAACUGCUCUAGCAGUAGUAGUGAAGAAGAACUUGCUUGCAUGCGUCGAAUCCCAUAUCAAGAUAUUGAGGACUUCCUAGGGAAUUAUACAGGCGGCACCCUGAACUUUGUUCCCUUCGUGGACGACAAGGUAAUCUUCGCCAACUGGUCCGACCGAUAUGCGCUGGGGGCACUCUCCGACCGACCAGCCAUCUUCGGCAGCAAUCUGCUCGAGGGGAACCAGAUCGUCUCGUACCCAGAUCCGCCAGACUCGGCGCCGGAUUUCAACGAAUCCAGGUACUUUACUCUACAUGCAUUCCAAUGCCCGGCAGCGUUGACCUCGCAAUAUCGCGAGGCACUGAAUCUCACGACCUUUCGAUACCAGUACCGAGGCAACUUCAGUGACAUCUCGCCGCGCUGGUGGGAGGGUGCUUACCACGGUUCAGAGCUACCCCUGAUCUUCGGUACCUAUGUCGACUUUUCCGGGCCCACGACACCGAUGGAGGUGCAGACGAGCCAGACAUUACAGGAUCUCUGGCUGGCAUUCGGCUAUGACCCAGCACAGGGUGUGAAACAGCACGGAUGGCAGCCCUACGGAGAAGGGAAGAUUGAGGUGUUUGCCGGAUACGACUCCCAGGGUCAAGUUCAGACGAUGCAGGCCGUGGCCAGUCAGAGCGUUGACGGCGUCUGUGUCGGCGCCAUUGAUGCUGAUAUUCUAAGCGGGGAGAACCCUUUCUCGAGCUUUAGUUAGGCUAGUCAGGCAUGGGCGUGAAAUUUCAUCUCUUCAAUGGAAGAUCCCGUUCAAGCGAGCGACGGGCGUCAUAUAAAUUGUUAUUGGCUAUUGGCCAUGUCCCAUGGUGACACUGACCGCCGAUCUUGUCCUACAAGUCAUCUUCUCCUCAACAAUAAUAAUGCGUUGACUUGGGUCAUCAUACCACACAGGAAACAUGGUAUAUCUGAUUUGGUCUUUGAUUACGUUCCUGUGUUCUGUUCCUGCUACGUUACAGAAUGAGGUGCACUUCACCUUACGAGACAUAGUCUACUCUGAGACGCAUCAGGUAUCUGUGUCUCAACCGCCGCCACC